AUGCGAAAGUUGGAAUUGGACGACAUGGGAGUGAAGGUUGAUGGUCGGCAGCUACACCAUUUGCGCUUUGCUGACGACAUCGUACUUAUAACACCUAGCAUCAGCCAAGUGGAACGACUGCUGACCGAAUUCGACGAAACAUGUGGAUGCAUAGGUCUUCAGCUGAAUCUACAAAAGACGAUGUUCGUGCGGAACGGAUGGGUCUCGAAUGCCCCAUUCAAGCUCAACGGAACAAGCAUAUCCGAAUGCAUCAGCUAUGUUUAUCUGAGUCGGGAAUUGAACAUGAUGAACGACCUGACCCCCGAGCUGGGCAGGAGGAGACGAGCGGCUUGGGGAGCGUACAAGAGCAUCGAGGAUGUAGUGAAGAAGACCAGGAACACCCGGCUCCGUGCUCACCUCUUCAACACCACCGUACUUCCUGCUUUGACCUAUGCUUCGGAAACCUGGGCAUUUCGCAAGCAGGAAGAAAACGCGGUGAGCGUCAUUGACCUCGCAAUUGAGAGAGUGAUGCUAGGAGUAUCCCGUUUCACGCAAGUGAGGGGCGGGAUUCGAAGUUCUCUCCUACGUCAGCGAUCGAGGAUCAGAGACGCCGCCGCGUUUGCCAAGGAAAGUAAAAUAAGGUGGACCGGACACGUGAUGCACUUUAACGACAACAGUAGGACCAGAGCCGUGAGCGACUGGGUUUCCCGCGAUAUUAAGCGCACUACAGGAAGAACGCCGACCCGAUGGUCAGAUUUCUUCACGAAGUCCUUCAAAGAAAAUUAUGAGGCUUUUCUUGUCCCACGCAAAAGGAAGAACCACUGGGCGACUCUGGUACGCGAUCGGGACAAAUGGAAAAAUUACUGGCGCCCGCUCGACCAGUUCGAAGGUCAACGGGAGUCAAGGUGA